AUGAGAACCCUUUUGAAUUCCCUUGUCACUAACGUGGAAAUCAAACACCCUGUUGCGGGUCUUGUUUCUUUAGUUGAUGAAUGUGAAUGGGAAAGUAAAAGUGAAAUUGAGUCCAAUUUUGUUGAGAAACUGUGUGACAUGUUGUUCAGGGUGUGUGCUGAUAACAAGAUGUUUAGAGAGGCUAUUGGGGUGUUUGAAUAUGUAAUGGCAAAGGGUUUGGUGAUAGAUGGUAGGUCUUGCUUUGUGCUUUUGCUUGCCUUGAAGAGAUGUAAUGAUGUAGAGUUCUGUGUGAGGUUCUUUCGUCAGAUGGUGGAGUCUGGCCGCGUUAAUAUCGGGGUUCAGUCUUUGACUCUUGUGGUUGAUGUGCUGUCUAGGAGAGGGCAGGUCGAGAGGGCUAAGAAGUUGAUGGAGGAGAUGGCUGAGAAAGGCAUUGUGAGGCCGACGGUUUUUACUUAUAAUACAUUGUUGAAUGCUUGUGUCGUGAGGAAGGAUCGAAGGGGGGUGGAUGAGAUUCUGGGGUUGAUGGAGAGCGAGGGAGUGCAGCCUUGUUUGACGACGUAUACUAUUUUGAUUGAGGGAUAUGGGAAUUCUGGGAGAAUUGGGGAGGCUGAGAAGGUGUUUGAGGAAAUGCGUGAGAGGAAUGUGGAGAUGGAUGUCUAUGUCUACACGUCAAUGAUAAGUUGGAACUGUAGGGCGCGAAAUAUUAAAAGGGCCUUGGCUUUGUUUGAUGAGAUGAUUUGGAAAGGCAUUGCUCCAAAUACUCAUACUUUCGGUGCGAUGAUUAGCGGUGUUUGCAAGGUGGGGCAAAUGGAGGCCGCAGAAAUCUUGUUGGAUGAGAUGCAGAUUAAGGGGAUUGAUCUAAAUGUGGUGAUAUUUAACACGAUGAUGGAUGGGUAUUGUAAAAGAGGGAUGAUGGAUGAAGCUUUCAGACUGCAAGUUAUCAUGGAAAGAAAAGGGUUUGAAGCAGAUGUGUUUACAUACAACACACUUGCUAGUGGGCUAUGUAAAUUGCAUAAGUAUGAAGAAGCCAAGAGAACACUAAAUUUGAUGGUGGAGAAAGGAGUGGCUCCGAACGUUGUGACUUGCGCUACUUUUAUUGAGAUAUAUUGUAAGGAAGGAGGAAACUUUGCAGAAGCUGAGAGGUUCUUAGGGAAUAUGGAUAAAAAGGGUGUGGUGCCUAAUAUUGUUGCAUAUAAUACUCUAAUAAAUGCAUAUAGCAAGAAAGAAAAAGUAAAGCAAGCUCAUGUGUUAAAAUCUAAAAUGAUAAAGAAGGGGAUAAUGCCAGAUGUAUUUACAUACACAUCACUGAUACAUGGGGAAUGUAUAGUUGGCAAGGUAGAUGAGGCUCUGAAGCUUUUCAAUGAAAUGUUGGUAAAGGGCAUAAGAGGAAGCGUGAAGACAUAUACAGUAAUUAUUUGUGGUUUAUCCAAGGAGGGGAGAGCAGAUGAAGCUUUUAAGUUGUAUGACGAGAUGUUGAGAAUGGGUCUAACACCUGAUGAUAGAGUUUUUGCUGCACUUGUUGGCAGCCUUCAUAAACCCGGUUCUCAUGUUGCUGUCAAACAAAAUGAGUAUGGUGAACCAAAAAUAGACACGCCUGACGCCUCCAGCUGGUGGCUCAUACACGAUGACACAUCAGGUACUGUUGCAACCUAUGAAACAAUCCAUCAGGAUAUAUACAACGUGACAGAAGAGAAACGUGCAAGCCUAAUUCUCCUUCCAUUCCACAAAAAACUAAACUCAGAAGGUGUGUUGGAAACAACCAACGAUGCAUUAGGUGACAUAAACAAGAAUGUGUUGCAGGAACCACCUUGUUCUGUGGGGAUCCUUGUGAACCGUGGACUCAGGCCAUUGUCUAAAACAACCAUGAACAACCAGGGUGUGACUUAUACGUUUUGGGACAGGAGUGGCAACAAGUACACAAUUUUCCAAAGGUUGUUGGAAUGGUGUGACAACCCUGAACUUGGGGUCAUGGGGGACAUUGUAGCUUCAACCAGUUUUGGCACAAACUCCUCACUUCUUGUUGUGCAGCAAUACACCAUGGAAAGAAAGCCUAAAUCUCAUUGUCGCAGCAGAAAAUGUCACUCCAAGAAAGAUGAUAUGGACGUAUUGUGA